AGAUCUCCAGGGUGGGCUGGGGUGAAUUGUCUGAAGAUGGCAUCAUUGAUAUGAUGAUCUUGCCCAUCCAGGGACUGGACAUCUUCGAUGACCUCAAUCCAACCGAUGGCAAGUCAGACUCAACCUCAGGCAGAGAAGAAAGAAGAAAAGCGCGGAAUUUUGUUUCCCAGGAACCACAGAUUCCUACUGCGACUACGAUUGCCUACUGCUACCAGGCCCAGUAUCGUAGGUGGACAGAUCGAAUCCAAGCAGGGGUGGACACUUGUUCAGGUUGCAGUUAAGUUGGAAAAAUUGACCAUCGUGUGUUCCCAGACUGGGUUGAGUGCAAGGCGAACCAAGGAGAGCUCGGCCCUUAUGACGUCGACAUCGUUAACGUCACCGGCCAUCAACCACCAUCACCGACCAAACCCUCCUCAAAGACAACAUAUUAAAAGCUGCUUGUUGCCUCUCACAAACCUUCCUUCAUCAUCUCAGAACACAAUCGCUCACAACCAAUCCAACUACCAAACAAUCAACACUUGCACCCUCUAUCACUCCCAAACAACCUCAUCUCCAUAAUCACGAUGGCCGACGCUACCUUCCACACCACCCAGCAGGACCUCCGCAAGCCUGAAUCCCACGCCUCCCACGCCCACGCUGGACAGACCCCUGCCAACUCCAACGUUUCCGCCAUGAAGUCCAUCGUCGACGAGCACAACUCCAACAAGGGCGAAAAGAUCGAACAGA